AGUAAGUGGGUGGUUGGAGAGCUGGCGGUAUCUGGGUUUGGUUCAGUGGGGCGAGAGUCUGUAGGGAAGUCGGGACCGUGGUCGGGGCGACCCCCCCGACUGCCUGGAGGGCGUGUCCGCACGGCGGGGAUGGGGGCCGGCCGGCCUUCCAGGGCAGCCCCUAAGGAGAGGGCCCUCCAUGAGGGCCGCGGGGGUCUCAGUGAAGCCCCUGCGGCGCGGGCACAGCACGGGCACUUCUCCCUUCUCCUCCGGUGCCUGUCCCCUUUCUCAGUACCCUGCAGUUAGAGCAGGGGCUGCCCCGUUUUUGUACGGCCUCCGAGCCGAGAAUGGUUUUUGCAUUUGCAACAGCCUCCAGCUUGGGGAAAGUGCGCAGAGCACAGGCGUGUGCCCUCGGGUUUGUGCCUGGCGGAUCUGAGGUUGCGAAGGGCUGACGCCGGGGGCCAGGGACGAGCUUCUGAUUUGGAUCAGCGAUGGCCAGACAGACGUGGACAUGAGCUUCAGGAACGCGUCCUGGUGGAGCCUUUCAAGCACUAAAAUCAGCACUGCUGGGGGAGGUCCUGCCACAGAGACUCACAGUGCCCACCACAUCCCCAGGAGCCCGGCCCCCAGUGCCCAUCCACCUGUGUGUCAGGAGCCCGGCAGUGGGGCCCAGAGCGGCUGUUUCUAGGCCACGAUGAGCACGUUGGGUCUCACCAGCAGCCCAGUUACUGGAGCUAAUUUCAGCAUGCUGUCUGGUCCUUCUGGACCCGCUCUGGGUGUCUGCAAGGUGGCAGUCAGCUGGAGGACAAGCUGUCACUGCCUCCCCACCCCACCCUCGUCCAGCAUCCCAGCAUCCCAGGAAGGUGAGAAUCGUGGGUCCUCCUUCGAGAGCAGGCGUGCACCAGGAGGCCCACCACACAGAGUUGUGGCCUCCAUUAUUUGGGGCUGUGGUCAGCAUGAGGACCAAGUCUGAGCCUGGAGAGUCCCCAAAGCAGCAAAUGUGGCCGGCGUCCAGAGACUGGAAAGAGCACAGCAGUGAGAGAUGUGCGGGACCCCGUGCCCCCACACAGCUCCCACCUGCGGGCCUGACUCCCACCGUCCUGCCACGCGCACUGCCACCCAGCUGGGCUCAGGUGCCCCUGCCAUGUUCUGCAUGGGCGUCAGCUGCAACCACAGCGGAGUGUUCAAACAGCACCCACGAAGCAGGGCCCGGAAGCAGACCCUUGUCACACCGGACUCAGGCCACACCAGGCCCUCUCCCAGGGGACUCUCCAGUUGCUGUCAGGCCAAAGCUUGGCCCUGGGUGCCCAGUUCUGCCUGUGCAGUCUGAAGAGAAGGCAUGACUGGGUGGCAGGGUCGGGCCAGCCCAGGUCUCAGCCCAAACCUUGAGCCAGGCCUGAGGGCCAACUUGGGGCCCUGCCCUGGGCUGCCCACCCGGUGUGAGCAGCACCCCGGUCCCACGAGUGUUCAGGGCUGCCGGCCAUCUGCCCUGAGGAGGAUGGCAGGGCCCUGGGCUCUAAGCUCCCCCACCCCCCAUAAAUCCAUAAUAAAAAUAAUCCCUCAUUUUCCUGAUGUGCCCCAAUUCCAGAAGUGCUUCCAGAUGCAUCAUCAUGUUGAUGCAUGAGAGGGGCCAGGGACGCACAGCUGACCCCAUUUCACAGAAUCGCAUCAGGGAGGGCUCGGGAGCCCAAAGGGGCAGGAGGCACCCCAUUCUCCCUCCCAGGUGAGGACACCAGGACCAUUCACAGGCCCCCAGCCCAGAGGAGGCUGCCAGAGCUCCUGCCAAAGGCCUAGAGCAGGCCUCUGUGAGGGUGGACGUUGAGAAGCUGAGCCCUGCUACCUUCCGCGGCUGCUGUUGCUGCCUGGGGGCCCCCUGCCCAGGAUGCAGCCUGGUACCUGCAUCACCCAAAGGCCCCAAGGGCACAGCUCCCCCAAGAGCUGGGCAGCGGGGCCUGCCAGACACAGCCAGGGCAUCAGGUCUGAGGAGAACGGGAUGUGGUCUCGUCCCUGAGGGAUGGAGGGCAGAGUGAGCGUCUGCUUGGGUCCCAUGAGGGGCCAGCUGAGGAGCAGGCAGAGAGGAGAGGGGACGGGCCUGCAGUGAGGGAGGAACGCCCCCUCCCUCCCCAGAGCCCCCAAAGCUGCUCAGCCUGGGCUUGGGCACCCCUGAGCCAGACACAGCCUCGCAUCCCCUGGGCCUACACAGAACAAGUCUGGGUAUUCCCAGUCCAGGGCCAACUGAAGAGUGGACGGACCCCCAGCCCUCAGGGCAGCUACCCAGUCAGCCUGCCGCCGGCCUAGAAAUGGGGGACACAGGCUCACACCUGUGGAUGGCUCAGCUCCAGGGCACUGCUGAGGCCCCAGGGGCGUGCAGUGUCCUGGCCUCAUCCCUGUUACUCCCGCCUGGCCUACGGCUAGAGCCUGGCAGCGCAUGGACGGCUAGGGUACAGUCUAAGGGAUGAAAGUCUUCGGUGCCAGCCCCACUGUAGGAGACCACUGUCCACGGCCAGAGCUAACUCCACACUGCCAUCCCUGCAUCCCCCAUCCGCAGGGACUGACGGGGCGUGCAGAGUGAGGCCAAGUCCCUGGGGUAGGCCCAGCACCGAGGAGGAGGGCAGGGGGGAGGGGGCGGUGCCAGGGCCUGGCCCCAGGUGGCAGGAGUGGGCGGGGCACCUGCCUGGGCUCUGCCGGCCUGUGUGCCCGCUCACUCAUUCACUUGGCCCUCGCUGUCACUCACCAUCACUUGGUCCUUGUCACUUGGCCCUUGCCGGCACCGUCCAAGGUAGGUCCAAUGAACUGGCCCCCCGUGCAGAGCAGGAAACCGAGGCGGCGGGUCCCGCUGGGCUGACCUGGACCAUCCUAACCCCCAGAUGCCCCUGCCUGUUGGUCUUGUGACCGAGGCGGCUGCCCUGCGCCUCCCAACAGGCCCGACCCCACCGGCGGGGAGGACCCCCUCGGUCUUCGGGCGGGCGGGGCGGGGGCGGGGGCGGGGCGGCCGAGGGGGAGGGAAGCCGCGUCCUGCGCCGUGCGCGCCGCCCGCAGUGCCCGCCGAGCGCCGUGGCCGGGGGCGUCGCGGGGCGCGCGGGACGGGCGGCCGGUUCCGGCGGCGCUGCGCGCAGCCCCAGGCUGGCCACUUCCGAAGCUCCCGACGCCAUGGAGGAGUGGGAUGUGCCCCAGAUGAAAAAAGAGGUGGAGAGCCUCAAGUACCAGCUGGCCUUCAAGAGGGAGAUGUCGUCCAAGACCAUCCCUGAGCUCCUCAAAUGGAUCGAGGAUGGGAUCCCCAAGGACCCGUUCCUGAAUCCCGACCUGAUGAAGAACAACCCAUGGGUGGAGAAGGGCAAGUGUGCCAUCCUGUGAGGCCCCCCGCCCCACCCCCGGGC